AUGGCUAUGGACCGUGAAGAACGGCACCUGCUAUCAGCGGCCUUCUUUUGCCCCCAAAGCAGGGCUCCAGACGAAGAGUACCUCGCUGGUCUUCACUCAUUUCUCCGGCAAAACCAGUACGGCCAGAUACUUCUACAGGAAAUCUUAGAUCUAGAAAGCAUUUGGACAAUAUUCGAGAAUGCGAGGGAUGAUGUCCGGGCGCUCUCUCAGGGCCCCGUGUAUAUCGACAUACUUCGCGGUUGGGCUGCGAACGGCGAGUCUCAUCGUCUUUCCGAGGUGCGAUCGGGAAUCGUUGCGCUGCCUCUCCUGAUCAUACUCCAGAUUGGACAGUAUUUGCGGUAUCUGGAAUUCCAAGGCCUCGCUCACCAAGAGUUUUUAGCCGAGAUUCAGCAUGCUGGAGGAGCGCAAGGAUACUGCGGCGGGUUACCGCCAGCGAUUGCUUUGGCUUGCGCGCGGGAUGAGACAGAGGUGGUGAAGAAUGCCGGCAUUGCUAUGAGGAUCUUGCUUGGUAUUGGUGCAUAUGGUGAAGCUGCCGAUGAAGGAAACGGGACGGGAACGACAACCCUGGCACUUCGCCUCAAGUAUGAAGGUCAAGGAGAUGAAUUUGCGCGUCUUUUUCCAGGAACUCACGUUUCAGCUAUUACAGACCCAAAAUCUGUCAGCAUGGUCGGCGCGGCUCAGAAGCUCGAAGAAGUGUGCAACUAUGCCCGUGGACAAGGGCUUCAGGUUCAGAAAAUGGACAUUAGGGGAAAGGUGCAUAAUCCUGAAAAUAAAGAUCUUGCGAUAGAGCUUUGCCAGCUUUGCAAUGAAACGCCGUGCUUACAGCUGCCAGAGGCUUCUGCCCUGCAAGUUCCCGUCAGAUCAAACAGGUCUGGGGAGAAGCUCCUUCACGGCUCACUGACCGAAGAAAUUGUUACUACCAUUCUAGCAUCGAGAUGUGACUGGUAUGUCCUUCUUAAUAACGUCGCAGAGGAUUUGGCAGCAUCGAAGCAGCCAGCACAUACUUUUGUGAUAUUUGGCUUGAACGAUUGUAUUCCCAUGUCACCAUUUCAUAGACAACGUCUACAGUCCACCAAGUUCCAAGCCCACAGCCUUAUCGAAAAGGUGCGCAAGCCAAAAAACCACGACAAUGUUCCUCUGGACUCUUCUUUCUUCCAAGAAAGCGCAAUUGCCGUGGUUGGGGCUUCUUGUCGUCUUCCAGGAGCUGACAACCUCGAGGAGCUGUGGGACCUGUUAGCCAGUGGAGGUGAUCGCCACCAAGAGGUUCCGGCAGAUAGAUUUGAUCUGCACGGAAGCUUUCGAGCAUCACAGAGUGGUGGUUUUACCGCCGGACGGAAAUUCUACGGAAACUUCAUUGAUGAUGUGCAAAGGUUCGACAAUUCCUUCUUCGGAAUGAAUCCCAGAGAGGCUGCAAAUCUAGAUCCUCAACAACGCAUUCUUCUAGAACUCUCUUUCGAGGCCUUGGACGCUUCGGGCUACCUCUCAAAGCAUCGUCGGGAAGCGGGGGAUAACGUGGGCUGUUUCAUUGGCGCCAGCCUCGUGGAAUAUCUGGAUAAUACGAAUGCACACGGCCCAACGGCAUAUACUGCCACCGGCACGAUCCGAGCUUUUCUUUGUGGCAGGUUGAGUCAUUACUAUGGAUGGCGUGGUCCAUCCGAGGUGAUUGACACUGCUUGUUCGUCAUCAGGAGUAGCAAUCAACCGAGCUUGCAAAGCAAUCCAGACUGGAGAAUGUAACUUGGCCCUGGCUGGUGGGAUCAAUAUAAUAACUGGCAUCAAUAAUUAUCUCGAUCUGGGCAAAGCCGGGUUUCUGAGCCCUACUGGACAGUGUAAGCCAUUUGACCAGUCCGCAGAUGGCUACUGCCGCUCUGAUGGCGCGGGGCUCGUAGUGUUGAAGAAGCUCAAGCAAGCCAUUAUUGAUGGUGACCAUAUCAUGGGAGUCAUUCCUGGCAUUGCGACAAAUCAGGGUGGGUUGUCUGCUUCGAUCACUGUGCCAGAUUCUGGGGCACAACAAGCGCUGUAUCAAAGAGUGAUCCAGCAAUCUGGUCUUCAGCCUGACCAGGUCACAUAUAUCGAAAGCCAUGGCACUGGAACGCAGGCAGGGGAUCCCCUGGAGAUGGAUAGUAUACGCUCUGUAUUUGGAAGCCCCUCCAGAUCCGAUACUGCCUAUGUCGGUUCUGUCAAAGGGAACAUCGGUCACUGUGAGACUGCGGCCGGUGUCGCAAGCUUGCUUACAGUUCUAGCCAUGUUAAAACAUGGCCAGCUUCCACCACAAGCCAAUCACCAGAGACUAAACCCAAAGAUACCUCCUUUGAGAGAAGAUGGUCUGGAUAUUACUCAGAGCCUGCGGCCUUGGGACGCGCCUUUCCGUGCAGCACUUGUUAACAGUUACGGUGCAGCAGGGUCAAAUUGCGCUCUUCUGUGCUGUGAAAUACCCCAGCAGGAAGCAAACAAAAGUCAUGCUACAGACAGCGAGAUGUCAUUUCCCAUUAUGCUCAGCGCUGCCUCCCAGGAAACCCUUUUGGAUAGUGCACGAGUACUAGGUGCGCAUUUGCGGGAAAACUCGACCAAUCUGAAUAUUGGAGAUAUUUCAUUUACCCUAAACGAAAAAAGAAAACAGCACAAGUACUGCAUGAGCACAACGUCUACAAGUUUGGACGACUUGGCCAAGCAGCUAUUUUCCUUAGAGCCUUCCGCCUGUUUCGAAUUUUGCCAAAGCUCCAAGCCUAUAGUGCUGUGCUUCAGCGGACAAAGUAGCAACAAAGUUGCGUUGGAUAAGACGCUAUAUGAGAGCUUCCCAGGCUUCCGAUAUUUUAUUGAUGCUUGUGAUACGGAGAUCCAGGCUUUAGGAUUUGGUUCUAUUUUCCCCGCCAUCUUCCAAAAGGAGCCGAUCGUUGAUGUGGUGAUUCUGCAAUGCAGUAUCUUUGCCAUGCAAUAUGCUUGCGCUCAAUGUUGGGUUGAGUCUGGUUUGAAAAUAAGUGCUAUUAUUGGGCACAGCCUGGGUGAGCUCACUGCUUUGGCGGUAUCUGGUGUCUUGUCCCUGUCCGACAGCAUCAAAUUGGUUGCAUCUCGUGGCCGCUUGAUCGAAAGUCAAUGGGGCCCUGAAAAAGGAGCCAUGUUGGCUCUUCAGUGCGAUAUUCCAAGCUUUGAAGAAAUAUCUGUCCGCCUGAAGCGCAGCUCACAAAAUGGUGGUUUGGAAAUUGCAUGUCAUAACGCACCUGCCUCCUUGGUUGCCGUUGGCACUUCGGCGACGAUUGAUGCCGUCGAAGAUUUGCUAAGGACCGAGCCAAACCUCCAGAAAAUCAGAACUCAGCGACUUGAGACCAGCCAUGGCUUUCAUUCGACACUUGUGGAACCAAUCCUUGCUGAUUUGGCCACCAUAUCCGGCUCACUUACUUGGAACGAGCCAAAGAUUCCAUUGGAAGUCUGUACGGCGGAAAAAAUCCCAUCCAUGCAAAACUACAGUGUUUCCAGCCAUGCUCGAGAGCCCGUGUUCUUCUCCAACGCCGUACGUAGGCUUGAGAACUCUCUAGGAGCCUGUAUCUGGCUGGAAGCAGGUGUAGACACACCAAUUAUUCCAAUGGUAAGAAGAGCGUCCAAACAGCCGGACAUUCACAACUUCCAUGCCAUGAAGAUGCAGGGUGAACGUAAAUACGUCGAUGCAGUGGGCGGUAUCUUGUCAGCUCUAUGGAAGAGUGGCGUCUCCGCGACCUACUGGGGCUUUUUGCCGAUGCAUACUCGACAAUACAAGCAAAUAUGGCUGCCACCAUAUCAAUUCAAGAAGACUCCCCAUUGGCGAGAAAAUGUUGACAGGGUCAUUGAAAUGCAGCAAAAGCUCUCAACAAGCGAUUCUGCAACUGCAUCAGUCGAUCUAUUGCAAGGUCUGCCUCAACUAAUUACACGUAGAGCAGCCACAGGGGAGGCUCCAGGCGUUGCUGAAUUUUUGGUGAACACUCGGAGCGAACGCUUUAGGAAGAUCGUUGGGGGACACGCCGUGCGUGAAAGACCACUAUGUCCCGCAUCCCUUUAUAUGGAAUGUGCCACAAUGGCCAUCCAACUGCUUACAGGAGAUACCAAAGAUGCCAGUCUGGUUUUCGAAAAGGUUGAAUUUCAUUCUGGAUUGGGUCUUGAUUCUAGAAAUGAGGUCGUGAUACGACUUGAAGAGGUUUCUAAUGGGCAGUCUUGGAAAUUUAAUAUUCGGAGUUCGAUGCCGACCAACCCAAAGCCGAGGCAGACAUCCCAUGGUAAUGGAAUCAUCUCUCGUGACCCAAAUGGUAUACCCAGUAUGUUCCAGCGGCUUGUUUCUGGACCCACCGAGCGAUUAGAGAAGAAAGAAGACGCGGAAAAGUUGAUGUCAAAACGCGCAUACGGGCUAUUUGCACUGGUGGUGGAUUAUGCCCCAUUUUUCCAGGGCAUUCAUGCUAUAACUCUGGACGAUUGGGAAGCAAUCGCCACGAUCAGGCUCCCCGAGAAUCAACCCAACCGGGAAGAGAGUACAUCUUGGGAAAUCUGUGAUACCGUCACGAUUGAUUCAUUUAUUCAGGUCGUUGGGCUCCUCAUGAAUAGUAGUGAUGCUGUGUCGCGAGGAGAAGUCAUGGUGAUGGUUGGCAUCGAACGUGCUGUCAUCUCACCGGCGUGUAAGAUGAAUGAGAAAAAGGGUUGGCAAGUAUACGCAAAGUUUUCGUUCAACCAGGGGCAACCAAUCGGUGACGUUUUCGUGUCCUCUCCUGAGGGUGAGCUAGUAGCGAUGCUUUGCGGUUGUCGCUUCACCAAAAUUCUGAUCUCGAAGCUCGAAAAAGCUUUAGAUUCGGCGAAUUCAAAAGUGCCCUUAGAGGUGACGCCCAGGAAGGAGACCCCCAGGAAUGAGCUCUCUGCUGGAUCGAUCACAACGUCUGACGGUUUCAUUACGCCAGCCACAAGUACGCCAGCCCAAGAUAGCAAUGAUUCUGUAUUGCGUGACUUGAUCGCCGAGUAUACCGGGGUCAAUAAACUGGAUAUUUCUCAAGAUACCAUCUUCGCAGAUUUAGGGUUGGAUUCUUUGGCAUCUGUUGAACUUGUUUCGGAGCUCCUGUCCAAGUUUGGGUUGGUAAUCACUUCGGACGAUCUAGUCACAAGUACUUUGCAUAGUCUCAACCAGGCUCUCGGUAUUUCAGGCUCUCGCCCAGUCAAUAUCGAGUCGAACAAGCCUAGGACAGGGGAUUAUGUAAGUCCUAACAGCAUCGCUAGUCCAUCGUACGACUUGCCGAAGCAAGAGUCUGAUGGACGACGCCAACAGCUUUUGCAAAUUCUGGCCGAAAUAUCUGGUGCCAAGCUUGAGGACAUUGAACCCCCUAAUGCAUUGGCUGAUCUUGGUAUCGAUUCGCUAUCUUCGGUUGACUUGAAGCAAGAGCUCGAAGAUGCAUUCUCUGUACGCCUCGACGACUUUGAUCUGGACUGCACAGUGAGCGAACUCUCGACACGGCUGAAAAUCAAUGAGUCAAAACUGCGAGCCCUAGAUUCAAGUUUGAACCUUCCUAGGACAGAUGCGGCCGUUCCAAGUUCUGCUCCGCAGCAGAAAGAGAGUGCCGUCUUGCCAAAUCCUUUCGACGCUUUGAAGCAAUCCGAUACAUACUUCAAUGCCUCAGCCAACCAACAAGGUUUCCUUCGAUAUUGGUCAGAUGUCGCUCCUCUCCAGGACGAGUUACUGCUUGCUUACAUAGUGGAAGGAUUUUGCACUUUAGGGGUAGACUUCUCACGUAUUCUACCUGGCAACUACGUCCCUCAAGUGCCACACAUGGUACAGAAAUAUGACAAGUUGAUGAAAAGGCUUUGGGAAAUUCUGCAGAAGCAUCAUAUUGUCUUUAUCGAUGAGGAAGGAGACGUAAUACGCGGCAGCUGUCCAAUCGAUUCAAGGUCAUCUUCUCAGCUAGCUGAAUCAUUUCAGGCUCAGUUUCCGGGCUAUGAACAUGAAACCAAUCUCAUCAGUCUGACUGGCCCUAGACUCGCAGAUUGCCUGUGUGGCAAAGCGGAUCCCGUGUCGAUUAUGUUUGGAAGCCCGUCGUCUUUGAAGAUUAUGGAGAACUUCUAUGGCCAAUCUCCGAUGAUGUCAACGUUGACGGAACAACUAGUCAUCUUCAUGACGACCUUGCUACAAAAUCAACAUUCCAACCAACCCGUAAGGAUUCUCGAAGUAGGUGCAGGUACUGGGGGUACCACGAAGAGACUUGCAGAGGCAUUAGAUGCCGCUGGCAUCAAAGCUCAAUAUACAUUUACUGAUAUCUCUCCGAGUCUCGUGGCCAAGGCGAAGAAUAAGUUCAAGCAAUACCCGUGGAUCGAAUUUGCUACCUUCAAUCUAGAGAAGGAAGUUCCUGCAGCUUUUCAAAAUCGGUUUGAUGUUGUCGUAAGCGCCAACUGCGUCCACGCAACGACAAAUCGUACCUCGUCUUGCCGCAGACUCAGAGAGGUGCUGAACGAAGAUGGGUUCAUAGUACUUUCUGAAGUUACUAGAGUUAUGGAUUGGUAUGACAUUUGUUUCGGUCUCCUCGACGGUUGGUGGUUGGCAGAGGGUCGUAAUGCUUAUCCCCUACAGCCAGCAGAGGCUUGGAUGUCAACCUUUGAAGCUGCAGGGUUUGUCUCUACCGGCUACUCGCAUGGUCCAACUCUCGAGGCUAAUAGUCAACAACUUCUCGUGGCUUCCAAGAAACCUUGGAACACUUCGGCGAUCAUGGAAAUCAUACCAGACACUCCCCAUGGACAAAAUGGAGCUCAUAGCAUGGAAACAAUGACGUAUAAAGAGGUUAGUGGUGUCCAAAUUCACGCAGACGUUUACUUCCCUUUGAGGACUCCGCCAUCCCCUAUGCCUAUUGGUACGUUUAACUACCCCACUUAUAUCAUGAAGUUCGCUGGCUGA